GGACGAAACAUACGGACAACAGUCCUAUAUACUUCUCUCGACCUUUAUUUCUUUGCAUAAACAUCUUGACUUUGCUCCUACAUAGAAUUGACCUCAAAAGACAGCACGCAAUUCGGGUCCACGAUGACAUCUAGCCACCCGAACCCCGCAAAGCAGCCCUAUGGCACACGCCAGGUGUCAACGGAACGGUCACAGGAUUUGAAUUGCUGGCUCCGAAAAGUCGGCAGCUGUCUGCAUCUCGCCCAAUGCUCUCAGGAUGCUUCCAAGCGCGUCUUUCCUCGACUCCCCGAAACCUUGCGGGAUCGUCGCAAUGCCUCCAUCACCGAAUUGCCUUUCGACGCCGGAAGGCUCACACCGUCUGAGAUUUCCGCCGCAGAGGAGAAGGGGAAGACAGUGCUGUAUCUGGCAUAUGGAUCGAAUCUCUGCGAGGAGACCUUCAGAGGCGUACGAGGCAUCAAGCCUAUUUCCCAGAUCAACGUCCUGGUCCCCUCGCUCCGGUUGACAUUCGAUCUUCCUGGGAUACCGUACACGGAGCCUUGCUUUGCGAACACGGCCGUGCGAGAUCCAGAGUCGGGGACCAUCAGCGAUGGACACGCAAGAGGCACUGAUUACCAUAAGGAUCGGUGGCACAAGGGAUUAGUGGGAUGUGUAUAUGAGGUUACGCCGAGUGACUUUGCGCACAUCAUUGCAACGGAAGGUGCUGGUUCGGCGUAUCACGACAUUCUAGUGGAUUGCUAUCCGCUGCCCGACUCAGACACCGUUCCGGACAUACCCUCAACAGGACACUUCAAAGCACAUACCCUCUUCGCGCCAGCCACAGACGCGAAAACUAGAAAUCUCGUUCACAUCACAGACCGUUUCUCACGCCCCGACCCAGGCUACGCCCAACCUUCCCCCCGCUACCUCAAGCUCAUCACGGACGGCGCAGCCGAGCUCUCCCUCCCUGCCGAAUAUCAAGCCUACCUCAACGACAUCCGCACAUAUACAAUUACGACCAAACGGCAAGCAGUUGGCAAAAUGCUGUUCACGGGCAUAUGGCUGCCUUUCAUAACCAUGAUCUUCGGGCUGAAUUCGAAGUUGCAGGAUAAGAAUGGGAGGGCGCCGAAAUGGCUGGCUACGCUUAGUGCGAUGUUGUUUUUGAGCAUGUGGACGAGCUAUGAUGUGGCCUUCAAGAGGUUGUUUGGGGACGGGGAGAGGACCGAUGGGGAUGAUGCAGGAGACCAGUAUGUGUAUGGUCAAGCUGGCCAGGACAGGGAUAUCACCGAUGAGGAUAAGUUCCAAGGGCAUAGAGGAAGAUGGGGGAGCUAUGUUCGGAACGGGAUGGAUUUGGUAUGAGGUGGUAGCGCCCGAUAGCAAUGCAGGUUCCCUUCGUUGUGCGUGCAUACAUAGCUGUACAUGGUCGAGAUCGCAGUGGAAAUUUAGCUGCAUAGAGCGGCCUUACCUUUACGAUAGCCCAAUCGCUUAGUCAGCCACAGGCGAGUUUGCUCACGUUAUCGUUUGGGCUGUACUUGUACAACCAACGUCGAACCUGGG